CGACCACUCAUAUUCGCCCCCGAACUUCUGCGAGGUAGAAGGCGAGCAAGACAUUCUUGGCUUUUCUUAGCCGAGCUUGCGGCUCCAUCAUGACGUCGUUUCGAGUGACGACCGACUCGUGUUCGACUCCUUUGAAGAAAAGAUGCGGUCUUGAACUGCUCCGUAAGCUCACGACAUCAGCCUCCCGAUUCUACUCUCCUGCCUGCAAUCGUCUCCCUCACCUUACGUCUCUAUAAUCUCUGCGCGCCAUCAUGCUUCAACCACUUUUCGUGUGGCUUGGUCUCCUGGCCGUGACUAUACAAGUCUCUGCGUUGGAGGGCCAAUUGCAUGCGCGUCAACUUGGGUUCACCCAGCCACUGCCUAGCAAGGACGACUUUUACAAGCCGCCUGCCGGCUUCGAGAGCAAACGGCCUGGCGAGGUGCUCAAGUCCCGCAAGGCCACCAUCAUCGGCAAUGGCGCAUUUUUGGCGGACAGCUGGCAAGUGCUUUACCGCACCAACACCGUCCUCGAUGAGCCGGACGUCACGGUUACGUCCAUCCUUGCUCCUCGCAAGCCCUCCAGCCCUCCAAAAAUUGUAGCCCUCGGUAUUCCACAAGAUUCGGGUGCUUUCGACUGCGCCAACUCUUAUGCCAUCCGUGUGGGAUCCAUUUCCAAUGCAGCUCUUACUUCUCAGCUCUUUGCUCCCGAGAUCGACGCCAUUCUCUCUCGCGGUUGGUAUCUGACCAUUCCGGACUUUCAACUGAGCAACAGCAGCUUCAUCAUCGGUCAGACCGAGGCGCAUGGAAUGAUCGAUGGCGUCAGGGCCUUGCUCGACUUCAAGCAGGCCUUGCCAAAGUCGGACGGUUACACGUUUCAAUUCACCGGCUAUUCGGGCGGGGGUCACGCAGCAUCUUGGGCCGCGCAAGAAUUGCCAGCGUAUGCUCCGGAGCUCAAGUCUCAGCUUGCAGGUGUGGUCAGCGGCGGCAUUCCCGUGAGCCCCAACAACACGCUCAGCCUGGUCAACAAGAGCUUCUUUGCGGGUGUGGCUGGAGCAGGAGUGGUGGGAUUCUACAAUGCCUACCCUCAAGUCCGCCAAUUCGCCAAGGAGCAAGGAUUGCCAAACGUCACGCACUACUUGGAGCAGUUCAAAGCUUCCGAUGGCUGUCUGAUCAACUCCGUCAUUCGCUUCCCCUUCCUCGACAUUUUCAGUCUCGCCAAGACAAAGGGCUCGACUCCUAGCGUGGAACCCUUCAAGUCUUUGCUCAUCAGCAACCUGCUCGGUGCUGGAUCUGGCUUGCCAAACCCUUACAUUGUCGGCGUACCCCAGUACAUUUGGCACAGUCAAAUCGACGACGUCGUUCCUCCAAACGAUGCGUUGGCCUACGCGCAGGAUCAAUGCAAGAACGGAGCGUUGAUCAAGUACGACGGAUUUGCCAUUGAUGGGCACGUGCAGACCGGACUGGCCACCAUUCCAAACGCAGUCGUGGCCCUUCAAGACUUUUUCGACGGCAAAGCGCCCGCCGAGUGCCAGUUCAACAAGAAUGUGCUCCCCUUUGAUCUCAAAACGACCAGCAACUACUUUGGUGCUAUAGUCGCUGCUGGACUUCAAGCUGCGCAAUCCAAGGCAAGCACGCUCUUCAAGUAGGCAGGUGUCUUGGCACGCCCCUUCGCGUCUUCGGCAGUGGUCGACCUUGGGGUCCGCGCACUCGCUCGCUCCAUUGCCACCCAGAGACUCUCUCCGCUCGCACUCACCUUCAUUUGCAUUCGCUCUCACAACGCCCUAAAUCCAAUCCCCCCAAUCUCGAGUCCAACUCAUUUCACACAAGCUUGCUCGCCUUUCGUAGAUGAACAGAUGCAUUGCACUGUGUGUAGAAAGAGUCGGAGUUGGUGAUAGC